AUGGAAGUAGAUACUAUAAAAUUCCAAAAAAAGAAAUUGGAAGGUACCUUUUACCAAGGAUAUUCUAUAUGUAUUAAGCAACUUUUGCUAGGUACUAUAAUAGCUUUAUUAGUAAGUAUAAUAGUAUAUAAAUAUAUUGAAGUGAAGUCUUAUUUGGCUGUAUGGGGACCAUUUAAUCAUAGGAAUGUUUUAGAUAGUAUUGGCAGACAACCGGGUGGAAUAUUUAAUAAGAAGUUUGCAUUAAAUACUAAUAAACAGGAUUUGAAUGAAAUUAGUACUGAAUUAGAAAGUGAGGAUAAUGAAUACAUUCAAGAGUAUAAUGGAGAUGAUGAUUUCUCAAGUAAUAUAGAAGACUAUUUAGAUAUUUUAAGACAAGGAGAGAUUCAUUCAGAGUCAUCUGACGAUGAAGAUAUUAUUGACAAUGAUUGGUCAGAUGAUUCUGAACAGGAACAGGUUUCUAGCCCCGCAGAUGAAGUCAACUAUAUUGAGAAAGAUUAA